AGGCAUCCUUCUCCACACCUGACACUCCACGGCGACCUCCACAACAAGCUAACCAGGGAUUUGAUCUAAAACAGCAAAACACCGAGAGAGAAAAUGAAGAGGAAAAUGUAGCCAGCAGAUAAGAAGUAAACUUUUUUACUUUCAGGUGAUCCAGAUUAAAUCACCCUUGAGCUGAAAGCUACUUCCCUGAACUAUUUUCUCUUGGAUCUAUUGUUGUCUACUAAGGUAACACUGCAAUUUAUCACUGUCAGCUGGUGCCAUAUAGGUUCCCAUACACAGGGCACAUAUGAGGGAAGUACAGCACUUUAGGGAGGGAGGAGCAGCUGGAAGUGGCUGUUGUCAGUUGUUAACAUGGCUGAUUUCUGUGAGGCAUUAACCUUUAUGACAUGGCUGGCUUGAACGUGUUAUGUGCUGCUGCAGUACACUCAAGUGCUCGGGUAAGGGAAGGGGUUUAUUAACAGGAGGGCACCCUAGGCUUUGUGCUCUGCAGAAAUGGUGAGGUUCUCAUUAAAUGAAGCUCAGGGACUGUUAUAAUAACUGAGAAGCUUCAACGGCCCAGAAGAUAUAAGGGAUCAGGCACUCGUUCUGUCUCUGUCCUCCACCUCUGCCAGCUUCUCUACUGUUUUUGACAAAUGCGCUGCUGUGGCAUUUCAAUGAAAGCGCAGAAAACUGCAAACGUAGGAAAUCCUCCAAUGCACAAAGCUAACAAAGACGAGUCUUUGAGCGUGGGCCAAAAAGAAAAACAACACUGCACAACACAGAUGACAGUUUUGAGGAGAAAAAGCACAAAGAAUUGACUUGAAGAUGUAAAAGUAAUCAGUAAAGCUUCGUUCACAUCCAAAGGCACGCUCCUGGCAAGCAGCACAGACUUACUUCCUCAGAGAAGUGCUCAACGUUGAAAAACAAGUACGGGACUUUGCUGUAGCUGUGCGGCUCUCCAUCACCCAAUUAGAUACAGUGUAUGGCCCCGGGACCCUACUUGAUGACCACAUUAAGCAUUGUCUGUCUGCUCCAGAGCGCAUCCACUUGCAGCGUCACUCUCGCCUCGAGAAGAAAUAAGGCGUUUUGGGGGAGGGGCGGGGGUCGCCUCAGCUCCUUAUUCCACCUCCCAGCCUUGAAUCAAUUUGGACUCCAGCAUUUCUCGCGGUCGCUCUUUAAUUCAGCACGGCUGAGCGUUUCCUGAUUAAUGGCUGGCACUUAGAUCUGAGACGUGGUCAAUAAGCGCACCGGUCCAGGAACUUGAUACCAGGGUGAAGAGAAAACGAUAGAAGCGUUUCCCUUCAGGGAAACACCCUCCAGGGGGAAUUGGGUCAGCAGAACCAGAGGGCAAAAGGUCAGACUGAAUACUUUGGAAGGCAGGAUUUUUUUUAUUUUUUUUUUAGCGAAUUUGUGUUAAUUUGAACAACCUUGGCAGAGAGCUGCAGAAUAACCCCUUUGAAAAUCUUCCAAGUACAGUUUGUGCUCUCUGGAGGAGAGCGUGAGAGUGGACUGUGAGGUUUGAGAGUGAGACGGGAGGAGGAGGCUGAGUGCCGCGAGCCCUGCACGCUCUCAGUGCGUGUCUGUUCUUUGACAGAGAAACAAGAAAGAGAGGAUAACCUGGGGGUUUCAGGUCAAACAUGUGCCGCUCCUAAUGGCAGGGGCUUUCCCUGCUCAUUAAUCAUUUAUUGAUUACAGAUUGAUUUCCAUAGUUUCCGUUUCCACCCGGACUAGUACCUUUUGGUACAAUUUUUUGCAAUUCGGGAUCCAGAUUGAAUAACUACAAACAGCAGCCUGGAAUGAUGGCUGCUGCUGCUGAUCCAUAUUUUCAAACACGUGCAGGAAACUUGGAGCUGGUUUAGUUGCGCUGGACACAGCAGGUGAGUGUCUCCACGUGCGCCCCCGCGGAGAAGGCUGUUACCACACUGACCUCCAGCGUGCGCGCACGAGGACGAAGCAGGGCGCGCUGUCCUUGGCGCGCGCGGCUUCGCGGCUGUCACUUUGCGUUUUGACACCAGCCCGCGCCAGCCACUCCGAGCAGCUGCCGCUCACGCGCAGAUCCACAACCACAGAUCGGAUCAAGUGGGAGGCGAGCUGCGCGCAGCGCCGGGAAAGCAUCGCAUCUGCUGCGUAUUUGUUCUCCUGUCCAUCUCCUCCGGGGUGGAGCAGGUCCCAUUCUCCUUCCUAAAGAGGAAAAAGGGCACGUGGCUUUUAAAAGCUCUCUCGGGACAGCGGGGAGGCGGAAAUCUGUGGGCGCAGUCGGGAUGGAUACGGGAGGACGCGGAGCACACAGAGCCUCAUUUUAAAAAAACAGUUGGCUUCAUGGACGUUUUGGAGUGAGGACUUCAAGGACGAUCAUAAUAAGUCUUUAUUGUUUUUUUUCUGUCCCCUUUCUUCCUCUUUUUUUUUCCAAAGUAAAGACUUAACACAGUGAGAGAUUGCAGGUGAGGGAAAAGAGAAGGAUGUUUUUGUCCUGGACUCGUUUUUCUUCUCUGAUAUGCGCUUAACUUUCUGUAGAAAAUGUAUUUGACUAAUUUUUGCACACCCUAGGCUACACAUGUGAAAAACCAUAACCUGAAAUAAAAAUGGAUUUUUUAAACACAUCGAGCCUGGAAGAAGGACUGGGGGAUGGAAAUUCUUCCUUUAAUUCUACAUCUGAGAGCGAGUACAGCCAGCUCACCAUCUGGAGUCUGAUCGGACUUGUCAGUUUUCUGAUUUUGUUCACAAUCGUUGGUAACGUACUGGUUGUUAUUGCCGUUUUGACCAGCAGAGCUCUGAAGCCACCUCAGAACCUGUUCCUGGUUUCGCUGGCCACCGCAGACAUCCUGGUGGCCACCCUGGUCAUGCCUUUCUCUCUCUCGAACGAACUGGGCUAUUGGUUUUUUGGCACAGUCUGGUGUGACAUUUACCUGGCUUUGGAUGUUUUGUUCUGCACCUCCUCCAUUGUUCACUUGUGUGCAAUCAGUCUGGACCGGUACUGGUCGGUGACACAGGCUGUAGAGUAUAAUUUGAAGAGAACACCUCAGCGCGUCAAACGAAUGAUUGUGGUGGUCUGGCUGAUCUCAGCUGUGAUCUCCUUCCCUCCACUGAUAUCCAUGGACAGGAGCAGCAGCAAGGCCAGCCAAGAGUGCAAACUGAACGACGAUACCUGGUACAUCCUCUACUCCAGCAUUGGGUCCUUCUUCGCUCCUUGUGUUAUCAUGAUCUUGGUUUAUAUCCGUAUCUACCAGGUAGCAAAAACCAGGACCCGGACAAUGUCAGAGAAGAAAAGAGAUAUGGAUUCCCCCCUUGAGAAUGGAAUGGAACAGACCGAACCAGGCAUGGGCGGCUCAUUGAAAGCAGCAGGUGGUGGGAGCAUGAAAGAACAGGCGCGUGAGAACGGCCACUGCCAAGAGCGGGAGGUUGGAUCCUCGCUACCAAAUGAGCCAAAACAUCCACCACCUGACCACAAUGAUGAUUUUGAUGACAGCAGCUCAUCGGACGAGAAAACCAAAAAAAACAGAAAGUUAUCAAAACAUCAGCAGGAGGACAGAAAAGAGAGGAAGUCCAGCCGAAAAAGUAGCUCCGCCUCAAAGUGCUCCAGCAGGAAGUCCCGUUCCAGCUCCAAAUCCAUGGAGUUCUUCUCGUCUCGGCGCAAACGUCGCAGCACCGUCCAUCGGAAAAAAGUGUCCGCCGCUCGGGAGAAGCGCUUCACCUUCGUCCUGGCUGUUGUCAUGGGCGUGUUUGUCUUGUGCUGGUUUCCGUUCUUCUUCUCUUACAGCUUGUACAGCAUCUGCCGGGAUCCGUGCAAGAUCCCACCCACACUCUUCAAGUUUUUUUUCUGGAUAGGCUACUGUAACAGCUCAUUGAACCCGGUCAUCUAUACCAUCUUCAACCAGGAUUUUCGCAGAGCUUUCCAGAAGAUCCUCUGUAAGUCAUGGAAACGCUCGUUUUGACUCUUACUGGAUUGUCUUCAUGUGUUGGUUCAAACUCCUUCUCAUUUUUCAAGUGAAGGGAUGCAUACUAGAUCAAACGGAAAACAAAAAUGUGAAUGAGUUGCCAGGAGAAAUGGAUGGAGCCGCAGGGGAAACUGGCAGCUAUGGUCUUACAUACUGCUUUGGAUGGUGAACUGGCUCCUCUGAGGUUUUGUGAUGUGUGACUGCCCCCAUGGCAGCACUUGGAUCAGCCAGAUAACUAAAGUUUACAAACAUUUUAGAAUCCCCCUGCAUUAAGUGUGAAUAAUGUAAGGUCCUUGACAAUCUCCAUGAAGUUCUUGUUUGUGGCGAUUGACGGGUUUGUGCUUUUUUUUUUCUUUUCUCACUUAUCUUUGCUUUUGUAACGUUUCUAUUAGUCUCUCGACAUGAGGACUUUUGGGAUGAAGGGGCUCCUUGCUAACUGUUUAAGUAGCAAAACUGUUUCUAUCAUAAAAACAAAAAUGGAAAAAAAAGAAGAAAAGUUUCCUGAAGACGGCAGCCAUGUGUCCUGUGCUGAAAAAUGUCGUUUUGUCGUCAGGAUGCAGUCAGUGGUGAAUGGUUUUACCCUGAAAUGAAUUUGCACCUUUUUACCUCGUUGACAUGACACGUGGGAUCCGAUAUCACAACAGAAGGUAACCAGCUACGUUUGCUCAAAGUGUAGCGGUUCCACAUGAAAGGCUGAUUCUACUGUGCGUUGAUUCUCUUUGUGUGAGUCACUUCCCUCUGUAAAUACAUACUGUUGCUAUGCACUUGUGUCGUGUGUCACAAGUCGAUGGUGUGUAACUUAAAACAUCAGAAGUUACUGUGUGUGAUUUAACAGUGAACUGGCUCUGCGCUGUGGUUUUUGUUGCCUGUCAGGAGGGCGGGGGGGUCCUUUGUUUAUGGUUGUGCGUCAAUACAGCACAGAACCAUUAGUUAUCACUGACAUUUUCACUAUUUGUUUACAUUUAUUUACAUUUUCACGAGCUUCUUUCGAGGUAUCUGGUUAGCUUCCGCAUAACAGUGCUAAUGCUAAUUCUUAGUGGUAGAUUCGGAUUAUAUAAAUCUUCUGAGAAUCACAUAAA